CUCUAUUGGCUUCUAUUACGUGUCAGUCAACUAAAAUCUUUUUUCAAAAAAUAAGUGUUUCUAGUCUUUUCUCUUGUCCGCCAUCCUAUGUGCGGUUGGAUUUGCUCCUCACCAUGUCUUCUCACAAGACUUUCAGGAUCAAGCGAUUCCUGGCCAAGAAACAAAAGCAGAAUCACCCUAUUCCCCAGUGGAUUCGAAUGAAAACUGGUACUAAAAUCAGGUACAACUCUAAGAGAAGACAUUGGAGAAGAACCAAGCUGGGUCUAUAAGGAGCCUCACAUAUGAAGUGGCACACACUUACGCUAUCAAGGUCAACUG